GAAAACGUAUGCCCUAAAUCAAGCGACUGAGUUUCCGCAUAUUCCCGGUUUUGUGACAGAAAUAAACCAAGCGCGCGGGGAAUGUACGAAUUGAGAUAGAUCCCAUUUGUAUUGCCCCGUCAGCAUCAGCCCGGGAUUAGGCCAAAAUCCGACAGAUCCCACUGCGUCCAACUGAAAAUUGGCCCGAAUAUAGGCAGAAUUUCUUUGCGACUUCGUUUACAGGCAUCUGAUGGAUCUUAUGGCGUGCAAAUUCAAUCCAGAAUGGUUUGAGCCGGUGUCCUGUUCGCGAUAAUGGCACAAACGCGAAUGUUUCAAUGCCAAGCGGAGGAAACGGGAAUCACCACCUGAUGGAGAGGUCUCGGUUCCAAUAUAUAGGCUCUGUAUGGGUUCCUUUGGCACGAGACAUUACCGCAGUACAUUGCAGCGUACCUAAUUAGCAUGAUCGUACCAAUGGCGCCCAAGUCUAUGCAACUACUCUCAGCAGUCCUGCUGGCGUGUUUGUGCCUGUCAGGGGCACAGGCCCACCACACGGUGAAGAAAACCCUGACUGUGACAUACAAGAAGGGUGCGCCAGAUGGAAUUCAGCGAGAUGUGAUAUACAUCAAUGGGCAAUUCCCAGGACCGGACCUCGUAUUCGAUGAAGGCGAUGAUGUGGAAAUCACCGUGAAGAACAACAUGCCUUUUAAUACUACUAUGCAUUGGCAUGGGCUUUUAAUGCAAGGUACACCUUGGUCUGAUGGCGUUCCAGGCCUCACACAGAAACCGAUUGAACCUGGAGAGGACUUCAUUUACCGAUUUAAGGCAGAGCCUGCUGGAACAUACUGGUAUCACUCGCACAGCCGUGCUACUCUAUUGGACGGCAUGUAUGGGCCUUUAUGGAUAAGGCCCAAAAGCGAUGCCGCGACGCCGUACAAGUUGAUCUCCAGCGACAAGAAAGAACUCAUUGCAAUCGAAAAGGCUGCUCGUGAUCCGGAGCUACUGACUGUCUCUGACUGGAGCAAUUUCACAUCUUGGGAAUAUAUGAAUGGUAUGGUCGCAUCUGGUCUGGACAUCUUCUGCGUAGAUAGUAUCCUUCUAAAUGGCAAAGGCGAAAGUUACUGUCCUGGUCAACCGUUCCUCCAGUCCGAGGUAAUGAGUUACAUGCAAUGGGCUCUGGGUGAACCAGUAAACGACAAAGGAUGCUUUCCAUUUGUCUACUCUACAGAAGGUCCUUUCCUACCUGGCAAACCUGAAGCUAUCCCAGAUCACAUGUGGAAAGACUGCAUACCUGCAAAGGGCGAGAACGCGACGAUUUCGGUCGAUGCCAAGGAUGGAUGGGCCAGUCUCAACAUCGUCAUGGCAUCGACAAUGAAGGCUGUGGUUUUCUCAAUCGACGAGCAUGAUCUGUGGCUCUACGAAGUCGACGGUCACUUUGUUCAGCCUGCCAAGUACCAGUGGAUUGUUUUGCUUCCCGCAAAACGUUACAAUGUCUUGGUGAAGCUGGAUAAGACGCCAGGAGAUUAUACCAUCCGCAUUCCGGAUCAAGGCUUUUCGCAGAUCAUUUCCGGAUUCGCCACGUUGAGCUAUAAGCACGGGAAAUCCUUGGGUCCGACGACCCCCUGGAUCACGUAUGGUGGUCUCAAUGCCAGCACCGAAGGCGUCGGCUUUGCCUAUUCUGACACUCUGCCGCCAUAUCCCCCAAUCAAGCCUGCCGCGAAGUCAGACGUCGCCCAUGUGUUUUACUUGUACCGCUGGGACCAGGCUUACACGUGGACGCUCGGAGGCUCUGCCGUCAUGCCUGUCGAUGCAUGGGCAUACAAGCCGCUACUUUACAACCCCCUCUCCGAGGCUGCCAACGACACGACGUUGGUAGUACAGACAAAAUUUGGGCAGUGGGUGGAUCUCAUCAUUCAAGUCGGCUCCAAGGCUGGCGAAGAGCAGGAGAUCAACCACGUCAUCCAUAAGCACGCCAGUAAAGCCUGGCAGGUAGGCGCAGGAUCCGGCGUCUGGAAUUUCACCUCGGUGGACCAGGCUGUCCAGCUGCAUCCCGAGCUGUUCAACUUUGAGAAUCCACCUUACAUGGAUGUUUUCCUAACGUCGUUCGAAGGUCCAUCGUGGAUCAUCAUGCGCUAUCAAGUCGACAAUCCGGGCCCUUGGCUAAUACACUGUCACUCCGAGAUACAUGUCGCCGGUGGUAUGGCUAUGGUCAUUAUGGAUGGAGUAGAUAAGUGGCCUAAGAUUCCCAAUGGGUACGGACCUGACCAGAAGGGUCACUUCUGAGUUGAAACGUUAUAGGAGUGAUGUGCAUACAAGUGGUCGCGGCGUAUGCUCCUGGGCCUCGAAAACUUAUUCAUGGUCGAUUGGCAGUAAUAAUAUUAGUUCACGUAAUCAUCUAAAUCAACCAUCUUGAAGGAU